AUGCCGUCAACUAGUAAUCAAAAUACAACAGCUGAUGUUCCGACUUAUGCAUCGAGUGAUCCUAAUAAAUUACGAAGUACCAAAUGCGUUCCUGGUACUGGCUUUAUCAAAACACUGUUUGGUCUAUUAAAUUUAAUCAUAAUUAUUUCAUGCAUUUGUAUAUUGGCUACUGCCGGUGUUGCAAGCAAAGCUGACUGUGAACUAGCGGAUUUGCUCUCUUUCCAGUCACCUGUUCAAGUGUCUGCUGUUCAUACACGAAAUGCAAUUAUUGUCUUCGCAGUCUUCGGAUUGCUUCUUAUUCUCAUCGAUUCUAUUCUUUAUAUAACUAAACUAAUCUUUCGUCUAUCAGUUAAAUUCGAUUUAGCUUUUAGCAUCGUAAUGAUCAUCUUCGGCGGAAUAUAUUUUAUUCUUGCAUGUUGUGCAGCAGCAUGGGAGAAAAAACUAGGAGAUACUGUAGGUGUAGUUUCGAAAGUACAACAUAAAGGUGCACCUGCAGCAGCUUCGUUCUUUCUUUUCGUCACUACAGGUUUUGUUCUAACGAGUUUCAUCCUGCGUCUAGUGCGUCCAGAAAUUUCUCACGAAGAGUGA